UUGAUGCGUGAUCGCAGCAACGAAAUAAAUCAAUUCAAACCCGCGGGAUCGAGCUUGGCGGCAUUCCCUCCCCUCUGGCUUCUUCUACCCUUCUUCCCCACUAACUCCCACGUUCUCCUUCCGAAACCUUGUUUUUUAUGAGUUGCGGAUUGAUUCUUUCUUUUCUGUCAUCAAUUCCUUAUUCCUUAGUUCCAAUUUCUAAAAACAGAAACAGCAGAUCCGCUGUUAUUCUUCUUUUUUCUUACAUUUUUUUUUUGAUUUAGAGGUUAAUCUGUGCCGGAUUCGUUUAUUUUUUUCCUGAAACUCGAUGAAAUUUCAUUUUUUUUAUUAUUUUUGAUGCUCUCCGUUCUAGAUUGUUUUCAUGUUUCCGGUUGAGGAGGUACGAAUGUUGUGAUUGAUUUUUGUGUGUUUGAGAGAGGAUUUUUGAAGUGAAAAUUCGAGAGAGAAUGGUCUCGUUUCAAUCCUCGAGAUUCUCAUGGUCUUUGGUGGCGAUGGUGGGUUCUCUCUUGGUCGUGGUUUCGGUGGUGCAUUUCUUUCUCACGCCUAUUUUUCCUGCUUCGCUGGAUUACUUUGGUGGGCGGUCUUCUUUAAGUCCUUCGACUGGUGGAGAAAUUCAUCAAAGUUUGGAUCUGGAUAUUGAUUUCGAUGCUCGAUUUCCUGUGGAUUCUUAUGGGGCGGUGAAAUACCGCGGUGCGCCGUGGAGGCCUGAGAUUGGGAAAUGGCUUUCUGGCUGUGAUUCUGUCUCCAAGGAAGUUGACAUUGUUGAGAGCAUUGGUGGUAGGAGUUGCAAGAAUGAUUGUAGUGGUAGAGGUGUUUGCAAUAGAGAAACAGGGCAGUGCAGGUGCUUUCAUGGAUAUUCAGGUGAAGGAUGUUCUGAGAAUUUGCAAUUUGAUUGCAACCUUCCAUCAUCACCUGGGAGUCCAUAUGGCCCAUGGCUUGUUUCUUCUUGUCCUGCUUAUUGUGAUAGAACUAGAGCUAUGUGCUUUUGUGGGGAAGGGACAAAGUAUCCAUAUAGGCCAGUUGCAGAGGCUUGUGGAUUUAAAAUAAACAUGCCUACCGAACCUGGAGGUCCCAAGAUUGCCGAUUGGUCGAAAGAUGAUUUGGAAAAUGUAUAUACAACAAAUGGUAGCAGACAUGGCUGGUGUAAUGUAGAUCCAGCAGAAGCGUAUUCUAAUAAGGUGAAGUUCAAAGAGGAGUGUGAUUGUAAAUAUGAUGGCCGAUGGGGAAGAUUCUGUGAAAUACCGACAGAAUGCAGUUGUAUUAACCAAUGUUCUGGGCACGGAUAUUGUCGUGGGGGAGCUUGCCAGUGCGGCGGAGGCUGGUAUGGGACCGAUUGCAGUAUUCCUUCAGUCUCAUCACCCAUAAAGGAAUGGCCUCUUUGGCUAAGACCAUCAACUGUAGAGGUACCAGAUAAAGCAACUUUAGAUAAUGACUUCGCUGGUAUUAAAGCAAUUGUUAGAAAGAAGAGACCUCUAAUAUACCUGUAUGAUCUUCCCCCAGAUUUCAAUAGUCAUCUCCUUGAGGGUAGGCAUUUCAGAUUCGAGUGUGUAAACAGAUUAUACACUGAGAAAAACAGAACUUUGUGGACUUCUCAGUUGUACGGCGCACAGAUGGCACUUUAUGAGAGCAUUCUAGCAAGCUCUCAUCGUACUUUGAAUGGUGAAGAAGCAGACUAUUUCUUUGUUCCAGUUCUCGAUUCAUGCAUAAUUACUCGAGCGGAUGAUGCCCCUCAUCUAAGCUUGCGGGAACAGAUGGGUCUGAGAAGUUCCUUAGCGCUUGACUUUUAUAAGAAGGCGUAUCGACAUAUAGCUCAUCAUUAUCCAUACUGGAACCGUACCUCAGGAAGGGAUCAUAUAUGGUUCUUUGCAUGGGACGAAGGUGCUUGCUACGCUCCAAAAGAAAUCUGGAACAGUAUGAUGUUAGUCCACUGGGGAAACACAAAUACAAAACACAACCACUCAACAACAGCUUAUUGGGGUGAUAUCUGGGACAGUAUUCCUUCCGAUAGAAGAGGAAACCAUCCAUGCUUUGAUCCAGAGAAGGAUCUUGUGCUCCCUGCUUGGAAGAGGCCUGAACCCGGUGCAAUUUGGUUAAAAUUAUGGGCUAGGCCUCUUAAGAGAAGAACUACAUUUUUCUACUUCAAUGGAAAUUUAGGUCCCGCAUAUCAAGAUGGUCGACCCGAGGAUACGUACAGUAUGGGCAUUAGACAGAAGCUAGCUGCAGAGUUUGGUUCUACUCCUAAUAAGGAGGGAAAGCUUGGGAGACAGCAUACUUCUAAUGUUACAGUAACCCCAAUGCGUUCUUCAAAGUACUUUGAAGAACUCGCAAGCUCCAUUUUCUGUGGUGUUCUUCCUGGAGAUGGUUGGAGUGGUCGCAUGGAAGAUAGCAUUCUCCAAGGAUGUGUUCCUGUGAUAAUUCAGGAUGGGAUUUUCUUGCCAUAUGAGAAUAUACUCAAUUACAGAAGUUUUGCUGUCCGUAUAACUGAGGAUGAAAUUCCAAAUUUGGUUAAGAUACUUCGGGGGAUCAAUGAAACAGAAGUGGAAUUCAUGUUAGCAAACAUUCGCCAUAUUUGGCAGAGAUUCCUAUAUCUUGACACUCUUUUGCUUGAAGCUAAGAGACAAAGCAGUUUGUUUUCUGCUGAAGAAGAUUGGGCGGUUGAAUUCUCAAAACUAGGAGACGAUGAUGUGUUUGCCACAUUCAUACAGAUAUUACAUUAUAAACUGCACAAUGAUACCUGGAGGCGACAUCUUAAUCAAAAGAAAGACUAUGGCCUACCAAAGUCCUGUCAGAGAAGAACUUCUUAGACAUGGAAAUUGAUAACACACAACUCAACCUUCACUUUCAGAAGAACUUUCUGCAGAGGAAGCAGCUAGCUUCAUUUCCAAAUUUUUAUUACAAGAUCUUAGCUUUCCAAACCAUUUUGUUAAGGGAAUUUGAUGAGAUCAAUUUGCCUAAUGAUUGUAGAGAAUAUUGAUAAAAUAAAAACGCAAUUUAGGCUGAUCCAUUCUGCACUAUGUGCAAGUUAAUUUUUCCAACAUUUAUUGUAUGAAAAACCAUAAUUCUUUCAUUUGUGGAAUCGAAUGAUUCAGAGCAUGCAUUUAUCAG